AUCAUCAGCAGCAGAUGGGUUUUUGUUUCUUUUCCCUUUUCUCCUUUCACACUUGAUUGCAUAUAAUAUCAACAAAUCCCCUCCUCAUUUUUCAUCCAAUUCUGCUUCUUGUGUUCACAUCUCUUUUACCCAUUUUGUCAAACACUUGGAACGCCCAUUCAAACUUUCCCAAUUUCUUCACUCUUUUGCAUAUAUAUGAAAUCAGACGUUUCUAGACCGGGAGAACGGGAUCAUUUAGCCGCUGAUUAUUCAUAUUACUAUACUUUGCUUCAAGAAACAUUCGAUCAGAUGAAUGAUUAUAAGCCAAGUCAAUUAGGGGAUGAAAUUGAAACCUCCACCAUUGAAGUCGACGAAGAAGAUGAAGGCAAGCAAGAAGUUAAGACCAAAGGGUUGAAGGAGAUUCUGACGUCUUUGCUUUUGAUUGAGGAGCAGGAAAAGUCGGAUAAGGACGAAUGGGACAAGGCCCAGGAAGAAGAUAAGAUGAUGUUAGAAGCUAACCAUAAGAAGAAAACCAAAGCCAUGUUGGAUUAUCAAAGCGAAUGUCAACAAUACGAUGAUAUCUUGGAUCAAACCAAUCGUGUUCGAAAGCGUAAGUCUCGUGCUGCCACAACCGCCGCGAUUGCCUCUACUGCCGUCGUUGCAGUUGAUUUAGAUAACAACCCAAACCAGAAAACCAGUGGUGGUGCGCCUGUUGCAGCCACAGGACCGCAAAGGAGGUUGUGGGUGAAGACCAGAUCAAAAGAUUGGUGGGAUAAGUGCAACAGUCCAGAUUUCCCAGACCAAGAUUUCCGGAAAGCAUUUCGAAUGGGGAAAGAUACGUUUGAAAUGAUCUGCAACGAGCUUACAUCUGUCGUCGCCAAAGAAAACACCAUGUUAAGAGAUGCAGUACCCGUAAGACAGAGGGUGGCAGUCUGCAUAUGGCGAUUAGCCACCGGCGAGCCAUUAAGGCUGGUCUCAAGAAGAUUUGGGUUAGGCAUUUCCACAUGUCACAAGCUCGUUCUUGAAGUUUGUUCUGCAAUCAAGAACGUUUUGAUGCCUAAAUAUCUUCAAUGGCCAGAUGAUGAAUCCACAACUAUGAUCAAAGAUGAGUUUGCAUCAGUUUCAGGUAUUCCCAAUGUGGUUGGUUCAAUGUACACAACUCAUAUUCCCAUUAUCGCUCCCAAGAUCAGUGUUGCUGCAUAUUUCAACAAACGACACACAGAAAGGAACCAGAAGACAUCUUAUUCGAUCACGGUUCAAGGUGUAGUCGACCCACGAGGCGUGUUUACCGAUGUCUGCAUCGGUUGGCCUGGUUCCAUGCCAGAUGAUCAAGUCUUGGAGAAAUCUGCACUUCACCAAAGAGCAACUGGUGGACUUCUGAAAGAUGUAUGGAUUGUGGGUAGUUCUGGGUAUCCUUUAAUGGACUGGGUACUGGUGCCUUAUACCCAACCCCAUCUCACAUGGACUCAACACGCAUUUAACGAAAAGAUCGGUGAGAUCCAAAGGGUUGCUAAAGAUGCAUUUGCGAGAUUGAAAGGAAGGUGGUCUUGUUUACAGAAGAGAACUGAAGUGAAGCUUCAAGAUUUGCCAGUGGUUUUAGGGGCAUGUUGUGUUUUACAUAAUAUAUGUGAAAUGAGGAACGAAGAGAUAGAUCCAGAGUUGAUGAUUGAGCUUAUGGAUGAUGAGAUGGUUCCAGAAGCUGCAUUGAGGUCUGCAAUUGCAAUGAAGGUUAGGGACUCCAUUGCUCAUAAUCUUUUGCACCAUAAUCAUGCUGGUACUUCUUUUUUGUCAUAAAAAGGAGCUGCAAAAUUGACACUUUGAGGUAAGUUGGUUCAUUCUUGUUGUGGAAUAUGGGAUUUGAUAGAGUUUUUGUGAUGGGGGUUUUUAUAGAUGUAUAUGAAAACUUGAGUUUUAGGAUCAGUUUUAUACAUAAAUUAAUUUCUGAAUUGAAUCAAAAGUUAAGGAAUGACUUUAGACAAUUGUUAACAGUUUAGACACACUUGUUCUUGGUUCUGUUUGAAACUAUGGAAGACAUUAAACCAUUUAUAUGGUUAUGCAAAUGUAAUGUAAAACUGAUUGGUAUUAAUAUGUUAAAGACAGAUUGUGUUGGA